AUGUCUUUAACAGAUUGGUCGCUUAUUUGUUUACUUUCGUCAUCUAUUGAACAAUGUAAAUCAAUUGAAUUUAUGCCAUUAACAUCAACUGGUGAAUAUCAAGUUCAUUGUCAUUGUGAAGAAAAGAUUUAUUUAUGUUUAAAUGUAUUCGAAAUAAAAUCUAUUGUGAAUUUAUGUUAUUCAUUCAUUUUUUCAAAAGAUUUUCAAAAUAAUUCACAAUUAAAUAUUUCAACACGUGUAUUACUUUGUUAUAUAACGGAAUGUUUAACAAGUUGGAAUAUACGUCGACGUUUAAUUGUAUCCAGUACAAUACGUAUCCAAGAUGAACUGGAAUUUGUAGAAAUUCUUUUACGUUUGAAACCUAAAAGUGAACAAUUAUUUCGAUAUAGACGUUGGUUAUUAAAACAAGAAAAUUUAAAUAAUAUUUCAAUUAAUAAAGAAUUAGAUAUAUGUGAUCAUACAGCUGUGAAACAUUUUAUUAAUUAUGCAUCAUGGUUACAUCGACGAUGGAUUAUUAAAUAUUUAAAUAUUGAUAUUGAUGAAGAAUUAAAACGAAAUUAUUUAUGGUUAGAAAAGAAUAUUUCAGAUUCAAGUGGAUUUUCAUUUCGUGCUUAUCUAAUUUCGAAAAAAAAUUUAAAUGAAAAUUUAAUUGAACAAGAAUUACAACUGAUUGACAAUAUGUUUAAAUUUUAUCUUGAUAGAGAAUCAUUAUGGAUUUAUAGACAGACAUUAAUAUUUUUAGCAUUAAAAUGUAUAUCAAUUGAUACAAAACAAUUAUUAAUUAAAGAAUUAAAUUUAAUGAAAACUUUACAAGAAAAUACUUUUUCGAAAAAAUAUUCUCAAUUAUUAAAUAAACUUUUAUUGACUGAUGGAAAACAGUUUCGAGAUUAA